AUGCAAGGACAGGUGAAAGACUCACAAGCACACGCCCAUGGCCAAGCAUCACCGCUACGUAAGCCUGGAAUCACGGGCCGGUUGGACGAGUCACGACGCAGCAUCGACUUUUUAAGGGUGCGUGAAGAUGAACUCAUGACAUUUGGGCGUGCAUCCAGCUGCCUCCAGCUUCCCCAUUCAAGUGUGAGCAUUGCAUCUACACGCCGUCCGAUCGGAAAGCAGGCUUCAAACGAAGCUAUUGGUCGGCAGCUACCAUACAGCGAUUUACCAGAGGCUACGCAGCCCAAGCCACCUUCUGCGACACCUACGACUACCCACCCCCUGCAGCCUCUCCUGGAUAUGCGAGAGCUGAUGGAGUUGAAGGCACACACGCUUCACGUGUAUUCGCUCUCCCCCAACUGUUUCUUUAUCACAGCUGGCUUCCAGACCAGAGGUACCGAAAUCUUCGGUGGUUGGCGCUCAGAGCAAAAUGGGGUGGAGAACGCUGCUGCUCCGGAUGAUACAGAUUGGGAUCCCCGAGAGAAUACGACAGAUGUUGAAGAAGCUAAGAGUGAGAGUGACGACCCUUCUGAUUAUCGAGUUGAUUUUGAGGUGUUUGAUAGCAACGACUUCAUGGAGGGACUCCGGAGAGAUCGGUUGUUUAAACAACCGAUCCAGACGAUGUGA